AUGGGCUUAUGGGUAUAUGUGAGGAUACUUCGGCUGUUUGUCCAAGUGGUUCUGGUAGCACUCUCACUGUCGGUCAUCGGUCUGUCCAUCCAAGGCAUGAACGACCUGGCCGGCGAUAGGCGGUUGAUCGCGGCAGCAGUGUCAAUCCGGGGAAGGAUUCAAGUUAACCUUCUCGUCGCGGCUGGAGUCGCAUUGGACAUGACUGUCGCCGGUAUUAUCGUGGUCGCGAUUCUCAACUCGAUAUAUAUCUUGAAGGAUAGAUUUCCGCAGGCCAUCCGGAAACGCUUUCCGCGGGCGAUGGGUAUCAUAACCAUGUCCCUCUUCGCUAUCAUCAUCACCCCGAUCAACGUCCUCCAAACCUAUCUAACAAUCAGGAGGGGCGGCCGGGUAACCUCUAGCAUCCUUCCCGACGCGGUCGUCGACUCACUCAUCCAGAUCACAGGGCAAACUCUCCCAUAUAAGGACUUGGUCGUCAUCAUUGAGUACACCGUGAUUGCUUGGAUCAUCUUGAUCGUCCUCCUCAUCGGGAUUGCCAUCGAAUUCUCUACAUAUUCUCAACCCACCGCAUAUAGUGAUGUUAAAAAAGAGGAACUUGGCCCAUAAUCUAGGACUCUGGCAAGAGAAAUAAUGUUGUGUGAUUUUGAUCUUAUUUUUUAUUAUCGAACAAACAUAAAAUUCACUGGAAACGCC